AUGUUUACUGUAAAUCCAAUAGAAGAUUCUAAGCUUGACGUAGAUUUAAAUUCUUUAAAUAAUUGUUUAAAACCUAGACGUAUCCCAGAUCAGAAUGUUGUUAUUAGAUUGUUAAAACGAGAAACCUUCGGCUCUAACAAAGGAAUUCAUUUUCAUCAAGUUCGCCGUUUCUAUCAAAAUGUAUUUCCAAAUUUUACCAUCGUAGACGUUGAAAAACCUCCUUGUUUUUUGCGGAAAUUUAGUCCAGAUGGGAAGUAUUUUAUUGCCUUUUCAGCCGAUCAAUUUUCUCUUGAGAUAUACAAGUAUCAAGGUUGUACGGCAGCUGGAGAUUUAAUUAAAGAUUGCUCUGGCGACUAUUUAAACGCUCAGGACACGUCCAGUGAAACUAUAAGAAAUCAGAUAUUUAAAAAAUUUUUUAAGUUAAAAUGGAUGAUAACCGUGGCAGAAUUGGGAUUAGGAGAAAACGUUCAGCAGUUAAAUAGAGAGUGCAGUUUGUUUAGUAAUUGCGGAAGAUAUGUAAUUAUUGGAUCAGCUAGUAAUGUAACUGAAGAUUGGCCAAACUUUCAUGAAAUUUAUACUAACAAUGAAGCAGUCACUCCGAAUAACAAAUUUCCUCUCGAGGAUUAUACAGUUUAUUUAAUUGAUUUAGAAAAUGGAUAUUUAUGCGACUGGAGAGAUUUCAAAGUUGAUAAAAUAUUUUUGUCACAUAAUCAAGGCUUGUAUUUAUAUAAAGAAACUUUGGCAAUUUUAUCAGUUCAACAUCAGACAAUUCACAUAUUUCAAAUUGCUAAUGGACGAUUUCACAACGUUAGAAAAAUUGGAAGAAAUUGUUUUGAAGAUGAUGAUUUCGUUUUGUCCUGUGGCUUACCUAUGGGAAACUCACAAAAUAUUCACAGGCCAUUCAGAGAAGUUACCAUUAAUUGUUUGAAACACAGAUUUUUGGUUUUUCUAUUUAAAAGAGCGAAAAAAAUAUCAGAAAACUCCUGUCAUCCAUAUGCAUUAAGGAAAUUUUAUCAACAUUUUGAUUUUUUAAAUGCAUUAAGAAUGUGGAAAAUGCAAUUAUUGGAUGAUGAACACUUACUUAUCAAAUAUGCUGCAGAAGAUGUUGUUACAUUAAAAGCAACAGAACCCACUCACUCUCAAACAUCUUUUUUUAUGAUUUACAACAUGAAGGAAAGCAAAGUAUUAGCAGUAUAUGAAAACACAUCAGAUGAAUUUUUAUAUAUAUUCGAAAAUUACUGUGAUUAUUUUAGGAAUGCUCAAUUGUAUUCUGUCAAUCAUUUUUCUUGUUCUCCGAGUAAUAAUACUCAUGCCAGGCUUUUACAGCAACGAUUUAAAUUAAUGAUAAGUAGUGCACGUAAUGGAGGGCCCACAGAAGCCAUCAAGAGAUUAUUGGCUCAAUUACCUAUAAGUGCACAGUCUUACAGCAGCUCUCCUUAUUUGGACCUUUCUUUGUUUAGCUACUAUGAUAAAUGGAUUUCAAGUAUGGAAAGGCCUAAAACAUGUGGAGAAUAUCCUAUUAGAUUUUACGCUCGAGAUUCCGGAUUAUUAAAAUUUUGUAUUUAUAUUGGAUUAUUGGGAAAGAAACCUCCUCCGACGGCAAGAAGAUUAGUAGCAUUUACUUUUCAUCCCACCGAACCUUUUGCUAUUUCCGUUCAAAGAACUAAUGCUGAAUACGUGGUUAAUUUUCAUGUAAGACACGUUUCAUCAUGA